AUGCACCAGCUGAAAAAGCCUCACCCUCCCAACCAUACCCCCAGACGCCUUGGCCUUAUCCUGGCUACCCUUCUGGUGACCCAAAAACCUGUUCCAGCUUCUGGCUCUGACACUGAAUCGGAUACACCAGGUGAAAAGCCUCGACCUCCCAAAAUACCCCCAGAAAGACUUGGCCUUAUCCUGGUUGGCAGUAUCCUGGCUACCCUUCUGGUGACCCAAAACCUGUUUCCAGCUUCUGGCUCUGACACCGAAUCGGAUACACCAGGUGAAAAGCCUCGACCUCCCAAAUACCCCCAGAAGACUUGGCCUUAUCCUGGUUGGCAGUAUCCUGGCUACCCUUCUGGUGACCCAAAACCUGUUCCAGCUUCUGGCUCUGACACUGAAUCGGAUGCACCAGGUGAAAAGCCUCACCCUCCCAAAUACCCCCAGAAGCCUUGGCAGUAUCCUGGCUACCCUUCUGGUGACCCAAAACCUGUUCCAGCCUCUGGCUCUGACACUGAAUCGGAUGCACCAGGUGAAAAGCCUCACCCUCCCAAAUACCCCCAGAAGACUUGGCCUUAUCCUGGUUACCCUUCUGGUGACCCAAAACCUGUUCCAGCCUCUGGCUCUGACACUGAAUCGGAUGCACCAGGUGAAAAGCCUCACCCUCCCAAAUACCCCCAGAAGCCUUGGCCUUAUCCUGGCUACCCUUUCUGGUGACCCAAAACCUGUUCCCGCCUCUGGCUCUGAAUCGGAUGCACCAGGUGAAAAGCCUCACCCUCCCAAAUACCCCCAGAAGACUGGGCCUUAUUACUAUCCU